CUCCCGCCGAGUCUCACAUACCGGCACUGUGCUCGAGUACCGGUACUGCUACAAAUCCUCAACCUUUGGUGUCGUAUCAGAUUGAGCUCCGUCUUCUGCCCCCCCGACACCUAUAUCGCACUCACCACCUAACAAUUCGCAAUCAGUCCAAUAGGAUGCCGCGUGAACGAGCGGUUUCGGAGGUUAAAGAACCCCACUCCAUCUCCUUGAAGGUCCUCAGACUCUCCAGACCUUCGCUUUCAGAGCAGCAUUCUUUACCCAAGGCCACUCCUUCGAACCAGUCCCCAGAGUUAGACGAGCUCUCCCGGCAAUCACAUGCAUAUCCCUCACAUUCCACCGAUGACCCCUUUAUCCUAAGCCCUUUGCUCACCCUUCCGCCAGCCUUCGGAAAUGCAUACAUUGGCGAAACCUUCAGUUGUUGCUUAUCAGCAAACAAUGAAACAACCUCGAUAACGACCAGCGUUAGGAUCAGUGCUGAGAUGCAGACCCCAUCACUCACCCUCAAUCUCGAGCUUGGCGGGGACGAACGACAAACAGCCGACUUAGAUCCUGUCAUGUCCCUUCAAAAGAUUGUUAAAUACGAUCUGAAAGAAGAAGGAAAUCAUAUUCUGGCAGUUACCGUAACAUAUACCGAAGCACCAAAGCGAGUGGAUUAUGGUGAAGGCGAAAAAGGAGCGCCCGGACGAGUCAGGACCUUCCGUAAAUUAUACCAAUUUAUCGCCCAACAAUGCUUGACUGUCAGGACAAAGAUUGGGUCCCUCUCCGGUGGCCGGGCUAUCUUGGAGGCACAACUCGAAAAUAUGGGGGAUGGUCCUAUAUCACUAGAGAUGGUACACAUGGGCACAACGAAGGGAUGGACAGCUACAAGCCUGAAUUGGCAAGGGUCAACUGGACGAGGGGAUGGCCAAAGGAAUCCCAAGGAUACGCCCAUGCUUGGCUCUAGAGAUGUCAUGCAGGUUGCGUUCUUGUUAUAUCCAGAAGAGACAGAAGAGGGGUGGGAAGAAGACGUGGCCGCCAACGAUAAGAAAAUACUCGGCCAACUGAGUAUUGAGUGGAGAUCAGCAUGUGGAGACAGAGGAUAUCUGUCAACGGGGAGGUUGGGGUUGCACGUGUGA